CUCAGUGACGAUCCAACCAUCAAAUCAAACACACGUAAAACCCAAAAAAUUAUGGCAAGUGAUAAAAGUGAGUACAGCAGCGACGAGCAAAAUCCCCCAGAAUGGCUAAAUAAUACGUUUUUCGAGCAAGCAUUGGCGGAAUAUUUGAGCGAUACGGCAAUUUGUGUCACCAAAGUGGAUUUUCGACCGGGAACCAAGGCAGGCGAUCAUUACGGAAGUUGCAUGUUUCGAGCAAAAGUCACUUUUGACACGAGAAAAUCAACCUGUGACGUCAUAAAUUUAAUCAUAAAGACCCUUCCUGUGGAUGAUGGCGCAAAAUUGGAGCUUUUACGCGAAUGCACGGCAUUUAAAACGGAAAUGAAAAUGUAUGGAGAAGUACUUCCGGAAAUGCAUCGAUUGCUGCGAACAAUAAACGAUGACACAAAAAUCUGUCCCACGAUUGUGUAUCAAAGUAAUGAACCUGCGCCGAUUUUGAUGUUUAUUGAUGAAGGCCCGAAUGGCUUCAAAUCGUUCGAAAAAGCGCUAAAUUUGGAACAAACAAAGGUUUUGUGUGACAGAAUCGCGAAAUUUCACGCGUGUUCGGUGUAUAUGAACGAAAAUGGAGUGGAUUUGACGACGAUGGAUGAUUGCCCGUACAAAAAAGUUGAAGGAAAGAUGAAUUUUUUGUCAUUUUUCAUCACGAAAAAUAUCAAAAGUGCCGUUAAUUCAGUCAAAAAGUGGAAAAGCGUUGAUGAUAUAUUGGAAGUUAUGGAGAAAAAUGUUGCUGUUUUCGACGAACGGAUUGAAAGUCUCUUCCGGAGUCAAGAUAAACUUCCGUAUCAGAUAUUAAUUCAUGGGGAUUUUGGUUUUAAGAAUAUGAUGUAUCGCAAUGACGGUACAAAAAGUGAAGAUUUUCUUUUGAUUGACUACCAAUUCUGCUAUUGGAACACUCCAGCGAUGGAUGUCCUUGCCCUUUUAUACAUGUGUGCCAACUUCGAAGCUCGUAAAAGCCACCGAGAAGCAAUUAUUCAAGAAUAUUUCAUAAUUUUCAUCGAUACCUUGACGAAACUUGACUACAAAGGACGUUUUCCUGAAUUAUCUGACUUGCAAACGGAGAUUAAACGUUGCGGUCUCUUAGAAUACAUGUUCCUGAUGGUUUUUGUUCCCUUCGAAUACGUCGAUUUUACCAAACUUAACAUGAACGAGAUGAUGGAGAACCAAGAUUUGCAUGGAAUUUCCAAACAUGCCUUUGAAAAUGCAGAUUUUCAGGAAAUGUUGGUCAACCGUGUGCGUUAUUUGAUUGAAAUUGGAGCUUUUGACUGAUUUUUUGGCAUGGAUUGCACUCAAUAAAAAAUCUAAAUUUGAAUUUUUAACGA